CUCAUUUAUUUCAACGCACCUAACACCAACAAUCUCUCCCUCCCUCUCUCUCUAUAUAUAUGAUCACAAUCUCACAUGCAUAACUGCAAUUUCCUCACAAAACUUUGAAACCCUCGUAGAAAAUUACAAAGAAUUAAUCAAUGGAUCACUCUUCAUUUGCCAACCCUACUUCUUGCGAGUCCACUUCAGUCGGCGGCAAGGAGAUCAGGAAGAAGAAGAAGAAGGGCGGCGGAGUCCUGAAGCUGUCCACAGACCCUCAAAGUGUGGCCGCGAGGCAGCGGCGCCACCGUAUCAGCGACCGCUUCAAGAUUUUGCAGAGUCUGGUACCCGGAGGCUCCAAGUUGGAUACAGUUUCCAUGCUGGAAGGAGCCAUACAGUACGUGAAGUUUCUCAAGACUCAGAUAUGGCUUCACCAGGCCAUGAUCAGCUUAGCGUUAGUUGGUUACAAUGCUGAGGAUCCCACGACAAUGCUUUUUUCACCAAAUGAUUCUUCACUAGUUGCUAAUUUUCAUCAUCAUGAGCAGUAUGGUUUUUACAAUAUUAACUCGGGGGAUCAAGUGCAGGCUGCUGGGACUCAACUGGGAUUUCCAGGUUCUUUGUUUCCAGUUGAAGAAAACUGCCCUUUUGAUGCAUCCAUGCAGAACUAGAUAGCUCCUUUGUUGCUUAAUUUGGACUAUGAAAUCAUGAAGUAUGUACUAUAUUUAUAUGUGUGUUUUUGACGAGUCCUGCUGCUUUUUCCUUUUUUUUUUUUUUUUCCCCAGAUGUUUAAACCUUCUAUGAGCCUAUGACUGCUUAUGCUUAUGAUAGUGAAUAGAAAAAGCAGGUGGCUGAGCAGCUUGUGUAUAAGUUUAACCACUGCUUAUAAUCUUGAGUUGAGUGGGAUUCCAAUUACUUUGCCACUUGCAUUCAAGUUGAUAGCGUACUACAAGUAAAAAUAUCAUGACAGUGACGCGAUG